UUGUUGUUGUCCUGCUUGGGAAGUUGGUUUCUGACUUUCGGCUGUUCUUUGGGAAGACUGCGUCGCUCUUUGGGCUGACUGUUGGUUAUUCCCGCAAGAGCGGUAGUCAGUUGGUGCCGCUUUCCUCUUCUCGCUGUAGAAUUUAGUCAGUCGAUCCCAUUGCUUAAUGGAAGCUUCGAUUUUUUGUGCUGUGCUGUCUGGUGCCAUCUUCACAAAAGUAGCUUCGUUUCCCAUUUCUUUUACAAUCAUUCGCAGCGCUUUAACAUAUCUGCUUGGCGCUAUGACUUGUUUUGUUUUAUUCCAUACAUUCAAUAGCGUUACUCCUUGCUUGAGUUGAAUGCAGCCCUAUGGGGGGCACAAGUCAGUGCAAACUGUAGGCCGGUCCCAAGCCCGGAUAAAUGCAGAGGGUUGCGUCAGGAAGGGCAUCCGGCUUAAAACCUUGCCAAACAAAUAUGAGCGUUCAUCCAAAGAAUUCCAUACCGGAUCGGUCGUGGCCCGGGUUAACAACGUCCGCCACCGGCGCCGUCAACCUGCAGGGCACUGUUGGAAAUUCAGCUACUGUGGGUCGAAGUCGAAAUCAAAGAAGAAGAAGAAGAGGUGGAAAGCGGGUUCUUCGGCAGAAAGAGAAGAGGAAAACACAGAGCCUAGAACUGAAUGUGGGGACUUUGAAUGUUGGGACUAUGACAGGAAAAUCUCGGGAGUUGGUUGACAUGAUGAUUAGGAGAAAGGUUGAUAUAUUGUGUGUCCAGGAGACCAGGUGGAAAGGCAGUAAGGCUAGAAGUUUAGGGGCAGGGUUUAAAUUAUUUUACCAUGGUGUAGAUGGGAAGAGAAAUGGAGUCGGGGUUAUUUUAAAAGAAGAGUUGGCUAAGAAUGUCUUGGAGGUGAAAAGAGUAUCAGAUCGAGUGAUGAGGCUGAAAUUUGAAAUUGAGGGUGUUAUGUGUAAUGUGAUUAGUGGCUAUGCCCCACAGGUAGGAUGUGACCUAGAGGUGAAAGAGAAAUUCUGGAAGGAGCUAGAUGAUGUAGUUCUGAGCAUCCCAGACAGAGAGAGAGUCGUAAUUGGUGCAGAUUGUAAUGGACAUGUUGGUGAAGGUAAUAAGGGUGAUGAAGAAGUGAUGGGUAAGUACGGCAUCCAGGAAAGGAACUUGGAGGGACAGAUGGUGGUAGACUUUGCAACAAGGAUGCAAAUGGCUGUAGUGAACACUUUUUUCCAGAAGAGGCACGAACAUAGGGUGACUUACAAGAGCGGAGGUAGAAGCACACAGGUGGAUUACAUCUUGUGCAGACGAUGUAAUCUGAAGGAGGUUACCAACUGUAAGGUAGUGGUAGGGGAGAGUGUGGCUAGACAGCAUAGGAUGGUGGUGUGUAAGAUGACUCUGAUGGUGGGGAGGAAAAUUAGGAAGACAAAGGCAGAGAAGAGAACCAUGUGGUGGAAGCUGAGACAGGACGAGUGUUGUGCAGCUUUUCGGGAAGAGGUGAUACAGGCUCUCGGUGGACGGGAAGAGCUUCCAGAAGACUGGACCACUGCAGCCAAGGUGAUCAGAGAAGCAGGCAGGAGAGUACUUGGUGUAUCUUCUGGCAGGAAAGGAGAGAAGGAGACUUGGUGGUGGAACCUCACAGUACAGGAAAUCAUACAAGGAAAACGGUUAGCUAAGAAGAAGUGGGACACUGAGAGGACCGAGGAGAGGCGAAAGGAAUACAUUGAGAUGCGACACAGGGCAAAGGUAGAGGUGGCAAAGGCAAAACAAGAGGCAUAUGAUGACAUGUAUGGCAGGUUGGACACUAAAGAAGGAGAAAAGGAUCUAUACAGGCUGGCCAGACAGAGGGAUAGAGAUGGGAAGGAUAUGCAGCAGGUUAGGGUGAUUAAGGAUAGAGAUGGAAAUAUGUUGACUGGUGCCAGCAGUGUGCUAGGUAGAUGGAAAGAAUACUUCGAGGAGUUGAUGAAUGAGGAAAAUGAUAGAGAAGGGAGAGUAGAAGAGGCAAGUGUGGUGGACCAGGAAGUGGCAAUGAUUAGUAAGGGGGAAGUUAGAAAGGCAUUAAAGAGAAUGAAAAAUGGAAAGGCAGUUGGUCCUGAUGACAUUCCUGUGGAGGUAUGGAAGCAUCUAGGAGAGGUGGCUGUGGAUUUUUUGACCAGCUUGUUUAACAGAAUUCUAGCGGGUGAGAAGAUGCCUGAGGAAUGGAGGAAAAGUGUACUGGUGCCCAUUUUUAAGAACAAAGGUGAUGUGCAGAGCUGUGGCAACUAUAGAGGAAUAAAGUUGAUGAGCCACACAAUGAAGUUAUGGGAAAGAGUAGUGGAGGCUAGACUCAGGACAGAAGUGAGUAUUUGCGAGCAACAGUAUGGUUUCAUGCCUAGAAAGAGUACCACAGAUGCAUUAUUUGCCUUGAGGAUGUUGAUGGAAAAGUACAGAGAAGGUCAGAAGGAGCUACAUUGUGUCUUUGUAGAUCUAGAGAAAGCCUAUGACAGAGUACCCAGAGAGGAACUGUGGUACUGCAUGCGGAAGUCUGGAGUGGCAGAGAAGUAUGUUAGAAUAAUACAGGACAUGUACGAGGGCAGCAGAACAGCGGUGAGGUGUGCUGUCGGUGUGACAGAAGAAUUUAAGGUGGACGUGGGACUGCAUCAGGGAUCAGCCCUGAGCCCCUUCCUUUUUGCAGUGGUGAUGGAUAGGCUGACAGAUGAGGUUAGACUGGAAUCCCCGUGGACCAUGAUGUUUGCAGAUGACAUUGUGAUCUGCAGUGAAAGCAGGGAGCAGCUGGAGGAACAGUUAGAAAGAUGGAGGCAUGCACUGGAAAGCAGAGGAAUGAAGAUUAGCCGAAGUAAAACAGAAUAUAUGUGCAUGAAUGAGAGGGGUGGUGGGGGAAAAAUGAGGCUACAGGGAGAAGAGAUGGCAAGGGUAGAGGACUUUAAAUACUUGGGGUCAACCGUCCAGAGCAAUGGUGAGUGUGGUCAGGAAGUGAAGAAACGGGUCCAAGCAGGUUGGAACGGGUGGAGGAAGGUGUCAGGUGUGUUAUGUGACAGAAGAGUCUCUGCUAGGAUGAAGGGCAAAGUUUAUAAAACAGUGGUGAGGCCAGCCAUGAUGUAUGGAUUAGAGACAGUGGCACUGAAGAGAAAACAGGAAGCAGAGCUGGAGGUGGCGGAAAUGAAGAUGUUGAGGUUCGCUCUCGGAGUGACCAGGUUGGAUAAAAUUAGAAAUGAGCUAAUCAGAGGGACAGCCAAGGUUCGAUGUUUUGGAGACAAAGUUAGAGAGAGCAGACUUCAAUGGUUUGGACACGUCCAGAGGAGAGAGAGUGAGUAUAUUGGUAGAAGGAUGAUGAGGAUGGAGCUGCCAGGCAAGAGAGCUAGAGGAAGACCAAAGAGAAGGUUGAUGGAUGUCGUGAGGGAAGACAUGAUGGCAGUUGGUGUUCGAGAGGAGGAUGCAGGAGAUAGGCUCUCAUGGAAAAGGAUG